CUUCAAGUACAAGUAUCUCUAUGAUGUUUUCAUCAGGUCUUAGCUGCAAUCUGUCCUUCCCCAGUUGUCUGGGUUAUCCACAGGACAACGAAGAAUUAAUGCCAAACAUGGCCAGAGAGCCAAUAAUCCUUAAUGUUUAUGAUAUGUACUGGAUAAAUGAGUAUACUACACCAAUUGGAUUGGGAGUAUUUCACUCAGGAGUUGAAAUUUAUGGAACAGAAUAUGCAUAUGGAGGUCAUACUAAACCAAUUUCUGGAAUUUUUGAAAUAACACCAAGAAUUGCUGAAGAAUUAGGGGAGCAAUUUAGAUAUAGGCAAUCAGUACACAUUGGAUAUACAGAUUUUACAGAAGAAGAUGUAACCAGAAUUGUUACAGAAUUAGGAAAAGAUUUUAGGGGGGAUCGUUACCAUUUAAUGAACAAAAAUUGUAAUCAUUUUAGUAGUCAAUUUACACUUAUUUUGUGUGGACGAGAAAUACCUGGUUGGGUAAAUCGUCUUGCAUAUUUUAGUUCUUGUGUACCAUUUCUUCAACGUUGUUUACCGAAAGAAUGGUUAACGCCCGAUGCACUUCAACACUCUUUAAAUCAAAUCAGCCAUGAAAGUACAUCUUCCGAUAGAGUUACACCUUUUAGAGAGUUUAUGCGCAAAGGAACUUUAUCACGACAGUAACUAUAUCGCCAGGAUCAUGGAAUCCGAGAAACAAAACCGUCAAAACGAGGUACAAAUUUGAUAUU